CGCCCAGCCUCCGCGCAUGCGCUCAGCCGCCGCUCUGCCGGGAGGCGGAGCCCGCCACUUCCGUAGGGCCGCCGAGCGGUCCCGGCGCCGUCAUGGAGAAGCUGCGGCGGGUGCUGAGCGGGCAGGACGACGAGGAGCAGGGGCUGACGGCGCAGGUUCUUGAUGCCUCAACACUCAGCUUUGGUACACGAGUCAAGUGGUUUGCCAUAUGUUUUAUUGCUGGCGUUGCAUGCUCUAUUCUUGGAACAGCAUUGUUAUGGCUCCCAAAGGGAAUCAAACUUUUUGCAGUGUUUUACACCCUGGGAAACAUUGCUGCUUUGGCCAGUACAUGUUUCCUGAUGGGGCCUCUGAAGCAACUGAAGACGAUGUUUGAGCCCAAAAGAUUAAUUGCUACUCUUGUAAUGCUGCUUUUUCUAGUUUUGACUCUGUGUGCUGUUUUCUGGUGGAACAAAAAAGGUUUGGCGCUGAUAUUCUGCAUAUUGCAGUUCUUGGCAAUGACCUGGUAUAGCUUGUCAUAUAUUCCUUAUGCAAGGGAUGCUGUGAUAAAGUGCUUCACGUCCUGUCUAGAAUAAAUUGCAAACAAGGACCUCUGUGUACUUUAAAGCAACUCCUCUGUGAACUUCCCUUGGAAAGGCGUACUUUUCCACUUCUGCAAUUCCCAGUAACAGUUUGUAUUUUCCUCCCCUUUUGCCUUUGGGAGGGUUAAAUAACUUUUACUAGAAGCAGUUUUCAGAAUACAUGGGAUGAACUGUGUCUGUUUCCCCUGGAACCCUAGGGCUUUUUAACCAAAAAAAAGUUCAUUUAAAUACCUUGCGGAGAGCAGUCUUAAAUGUGCCCUGCAUGCAGUAACACAGCUCGUUCCCCGGAGCGGGUGGGCCGCUAGAGCCUGGGCAGCGUGCAUUGAGUUUGUCUUUACAGUUCUGUCUGAAACUUGCAGCUUCUGUUUGCGCCGUGUUGGUUGCGUGCUUUUCCAAAGACAGUUCUAUGAGCAUUAUAAAGAUGUGGUAAGGUAACUGCUGCUUUGGAAUUUCUCUACUUGUGAUUUAUGGAGAAAUCUUAAUGAGAAUACAUGGAAGUUCUGUUAAAAGCGCAUUGAUUUUAUUAAAACUAUAUUUUAAACUUUUUUUUAUUUUUAAACGUAAAAACUUUUUACUAAACAAACUUGUGGAUAAUGUAUAAAUAAAUGAGUUGUGAAAGAAAUUA